AUUACCAGGGUUAACCCUUGCCAGUUACCUAACCCCCAUGCUAAUGCUAUAUAAUAAUACGCAUCACUGCAUUAACUAAUGUUCAUCGGUUAAUAAAUGAACCCUCAUUGUAAAUGUAACCCUGUUAGUUGUGGGCUGAUGUUGCAUAAUGCAGAUGUAGGGUGUAGGGAGGAAACACAAGUGUCAAGGUAACGGAAGUGCUGCUGCCCUGAACGAUACGCGGAGAAGACGGAGGAAGGAGGCUCGAUCGUCCAGAGAAAAAACAAGAUUUAAAGUCGCCAAUAUAUUAAGUGUGACAGAAAAUGGACAGGAACGACCUGGUACAGCAGGCCAAGCUUGCAGAGCAGGCUGAGCGCUAUGAUGAUAUGGCUGCUGCCAUGAAGUCUGUAACGGAGCAGGGAGUGGAACUCUCCAAUGAGGAACGCAACUUGCUCUCUGUUGCCUAUAAGAAUGUGGUCGGGGCACGCCGUUCAUCUUGGCGUGUCAUCUCCAGCAUUGAGCAGAAAACUGAGGGCAAUGAGAAAAAGCAGCAGAUGGCACGUGCAUACCGGGCGGAGAUUGAAACCGAGUUGCAGUCCAUCUGCAAGGAAGUGCUAGCACUCCUGGACAAAUUUCUGAUUGAAAAUACAACUGCUCCUGAAAGCAAGGUCUUCUAUCUGAAAAUGAAAGGGGAUUAUUUCCGAUACCUUUCUGAGGUAGCAUCUGGUGAUUCCAAGAAAGAAACAGUGGAUCAGUCACAGGAGGCCUACCAGAAUGCUUUUGACAUCAGCAAGAAAGACAUGCAGCCAACGCAUCCCAUUAGGCUUGGUCUGGCCCUCAACUUCUCAGUCUUCUACUAUGAAAUCCUCAACAGCCCGGAAAAGGCCUGUAACCUGGCAAAGACGGCAUUUGACGAAGCCAUUGCUGAACUUGACACUUUGAAUGAAGAUUCCUACAAAGACAGCACCCUGAUCAUGCAACUACUAAGGGACAACUUGACUCUGUGGACAUCAGAAAGCCAGGGAGAUGAGGGAGAGACCGGAGAAGGGGAAAACUAAUGAAAUUGCACUGUUAAUCCACCUACACUCUUUAUCUUAAACACAGACGGCUUAUAUUCAUCCCCUCCACUCCAUCAAACCCUUCCCCUUCUGUAUGACAAGCAGACUGAAUUGCUCCUGACCAACUAGUUUACCCCUCUCAGUUCGCUGAGAGGUGACAGGUCCAUGUCGCAGUAUUCUUUUUAUUUUAUUUUAUUUUUGCUUUGUGUGGAUGCAUUUGCAAGGUUCUGUGUGAUUUUUGGAGAGGAACAUGGUGUGACUGGUUGUGAAUGAUGUAUGUGUAUCGGGGGAGGGGGAGAAUUCUAAUCAUCCUUCCUUAAUUCAUUUGCCCAAGCUAGUUUGUUGUGCAUUUUUCUUCCUUUUUUGUUACAUACUCUUUGUGUGAUUUGUCAUGGAAUUUACAGGUUUUCUGGUAUGGUUACUAAACUGGCAGUUGAUUUUUCACCAAACACUGUGAUGCUAUAUAUUAAAUGCUUCACAGACUAAAUUGUUAAUAAAAAAAAAGAAAGGACACUGUACAAUCCUGUAUUUUACUAACUGCAAUUCUGCUGUGAGCUCAUACAGAAAGGAGAGAGGCUGUAUUGUGACACUGGCAUCUUGUUGAUAUACUUUGAUUAUGUUCACAAAUUCACAAAUUUAAAGUUUGAUUAAGGGACCCUUUUAGACUGUCGUGUAAGAUUCCUUAACCUCAGACAUUCCACUUUAUUAGGCUUUUUGAAAGGCAGUGCUAUUUUUAAUUAUUUUGAAAGUGGAUUGUCAUAGUUGUACUCACUAUUCAGGUGCUGCUUGAAAUCAGUGCUGCUUGAAAUCAGUGCAAGACAAAAUCUGUGCUUCAAUGUGGUCCAUGUAUUUUCAAGUUAGACUAUCACGUGUAUGUAAUCCUUGAAUAACCUUUUAUUGAUGUUGAUUGAAAUUGUCUUUAUCACACUGUAUCAACCCUGCUUGCAAAAUAUUCCUCUUUAAACAGUUAUUUUCUCCAAA